GAGCUCGAGACGGAGAGGCCAGACUCGAGAAAGAUGCGCGCUACCGCAACCUUGCCACUUUUUCUGGUGUUCCUUGUCACUUUGUGGAAGGAUGUCAACAGCAGACCAGCAAAAGUCAAAAUCUACGAUCUGCUGUAUGAAGACGCUCCGCUGUGGGAAGCCAGCAGUGCUGAGACGACAUUUCCAGACUACGGCUCCGGGUCUACCGAGGUAGAUUCCAACAUCGACCUCGUGGAUGAGGCAAAGAACGACGAGAGCAGCUUCGACCUCUCGGAAAACGACUUCAGUGCCUCCGCCCGACAUCGCAGAGUGCGACGCUCGCUUAUCGGGAGGUACAAGUCUCACUGCCGCCGCCGCCAUGGCAGUAACGGGUCCGGACAGUACGAUCGCUUUCGGUCGACUGGAGGGAAAACCGGUCAGCAGGCGAGGAGAAAAGCCCGGACGCCAUCCGAGGGUUACAACAACGGGGGCCAUCCUGUGGUCGUGCAAACCAAGCGGGACCCCAAGUGCAGGAGCCGCUGGUGCAGCAUGGCGUACUUCCUGAGGAAGGUCAAGGCGUACGGAUUCUGGAAGAAAAACCACGGGCAGGCCAAGAGUCGCGCUAAGAACAUGGACUUUAUCGACUGGAACACUCUAGAGGCAAUGCCGUAGAUUUCCUUUGUGGUCCUGAAAUUUAGGACCGGUAGGCUAUCAUUUCUCAGAUCAUUUGAAGUGUCACUCGUGCCGUGAGUAUCGGAUAUUUUUCCCAUCUCUUCAUAUAUAUCAUUCGACUUCCCACUAUGAAUUGAUUGGGUAAAGUUCUUGUUGCUUUAUCAAUUCAUGUGGGUUACAAUGGCAGUUUUGGCCAGUUACUAAACAAUCGACAAACAUUUCUGUAUAUUAUAUUGUGUUUUUCAACAUGGAAACAGAAACGCUGCAAUGUUAGUCAGACUCAGACGAUUGUUACUCAGUCAUCUCGCUUUUAAGCUUACGUCACAUUUCCAAACCGGGCCCGACCGGGUAGCUUUCAGCAGCAAAAUGUAUAAGAAAAAGGGGUAAAGAGAAAAGUCGUGGGCAUUAUUUUUGCAUAUUUUUACGUGUAGAUUUCUAUUUUCCGUUUCCACAAACUGGCCGGCCGGACCCUGGUUUGGAAAUGUAACGUUAGCCUUACUGAAUUGUCUGUACGUAGCUGGAUGGUGAUCUUGACGUGUUCUUUAUGAGUUCUGUAUCAGAACAAGAUGAAAUAGUGUAGGCACUGUUUGUGGCAAUUUAUUAGAUUAUUUCGCAGAGCUUAUUUGUGAAUCAUGCUACAAUUGACAUUCCUCUCAGGUAAAUAUGAACAAAGACCUUCAGUCAUUAUCGUAAAUCUUUAGUUUGAUAAUAGUAAGCAUAUUAGUAACGAAGAAUGGUCCGAUUAUUUGCACAUGUGCUAAAGAGACGAAAAGACUGCUGGCAGUCUUUUCUGUACUUGCAUUUGUAUUUAUUAUUGAGAACAAAUAUUUGUAUUUGCAUUUGUAUUGUUGAGAAUACUUAUUGUGUGCAGUCAUGUGAGAGUAUUAAAUAUGAA